AUGCUUGGUUGGCCUCUAGUGACAUGGAAGAGGAGUGAUGCACCCAAUCGCAUGUGGCGCCUUCCAUGUCAGCUGCCAAGUACCAGCUAG